GCAAAACAUCAUCAAAAAAUUCAAGUAUUGAUAAAACAUCAUUUCAAUGUGCGAAUUCUUUUGAUUCAGUUUCGUUGAACUUUUUUAAAGAGACGGUUGCCCGUUGUAUAAGUUUAUAAAAAUGUUUUUCUUACUGCUAGUAAUUAGCUUGAUUUUGACACACACAACCGCACAAAUUCGUAUUGUUAAUGGGAAAGAAGGUCGCAUCGAAGAUUUUCCAUAUCAAGUUUCUUUGCGGCGUUAUUCGAUACAUGUAUGUGGUGGUUCGGUUGUGGAUACUCAAUGGGUAAUUACGGCCGCUCAUUGUAUUGAAAAUUUCGAGAAACAACCAAGAGUAUAUUCCUUACGCAUCGGCAGUACAAGUCGUGGAAAAGGUGGAGAGGUGGUUUCCAUAUCCAAAAUUCAUAAACAUCCUUUGUAUAAUAGCGAUACUAUGAACUUUGAUGUUGCUUUGCUACGUACACAAAAGAAUCGUUUGCGUGGCGAAUUCGUACGUCCAAUUAAAAUUCCUCCAGUAAAUACUCCCAUCACAGACAAUGCGGAAGCGAUCGUUAGUGGAUGGGGUCAUAUGAGUUCAUCGGAACAUGUAUUAUCUAUACUACUGAAGUAUACAACCGUUAAAAUAGUUAAUCAACGAGAAUGUAGUGAAUCUAUGAAAACACAGGGAAUUGUAACUGAAGCAAUGUUCUGUGCUGCUGCACGUAAUACGGAUGCGUGUCAAGGUGAUAGCGGUGGUCCAAUACAAAUUAAUAAUUUACUCAUUGGUGUAGUGAGUUGGGGUGUAGGUUGUGCUGAUCCACAUUAUCCAGGUAUUUAUACUCGUUUGGCUUAUCCUACAGUACGUAUUUGGAUCAAAUUGAUGACCGGAUUAUGAUUUACUUAAACUCCCAAUACAAUUUAAUAAACAAAAUCAAUGUAUUCAAAU